AUGGAGCGCCGUGGGGCGCUGGUGCUGGAGCUGCUGGGCAGCAGAGGCUGCCUGGCGCCCGAGGACCUGUGCCAGCUGUCGGUGGUGAACCAGGAGUGGCGCAGCUUUGCAGAUGCCGAGGCGCCCUGGCUGGUCUUGGCGCGGAUCGUCAAGCUGCGACCGCUGCCCUUCUGCCUGGAGAGCGGCGGCGAGGUAGAUCCGCAGGCCUCAGCAAAGCGCCAGCUGCUGCAGAGCUACGAGCCCGUCUUCCACGCGCGGCGCCGCAUUCGCCGGCUCUGGCGCCGCGCCAAUGGCUUCUGGCGGUGCUGGGCCCCGGAGGCCCUGGCGAGCGAAGCGUCGGGCGGCUGCUCGGAGCGGCAGCUGGCGGAGCUGGAGGCGAAGCAGAACUCAGAGCUCCCGGAGGAUCUGGCUGAGUACCUGCGCUGCGAUGGCCACGAAAAGGAGGCCUUUUGGUUCGCGGAGGCGCAGCCUGGGGCCUUGGCCUUCCGCGUGGGCCGCUUGCUGGGCACCAAGGAGAUGGCGCAGAAGGCGCUGAGCCCCGGCUGGCUACCUGUGGCGUGCUCCCGCGAGGGAACCUUCACCUGCAUCCGGCUGCAGCACAAGUCUGAGACGGCCUCCUUCGGGGAGGUUUGGAGCACGCCGAACGAUCGUGACUUCGACGAGAGCCACUUGAGGCGGCAGACCACGUGCUUCACAGAAUACUUGGAGGACUACGUGGGUCUGCUGGAGAGCAUCCCGACCCAGUUCGCAGAGCAGCGGCUGCUGAGCAGCCUGGGCCAAGUGCUGCCCGAGCUCUUCGCCUGCCCCAGGAUCUAUUGCAACGAGCAGUCCAGCUGGAUCACCACAGGGCUCGGCAAGGGCAAGGGCAACCUUUGGCAGCGCGUGGACCGGUCGCACCCCGUGCGGAUCAUCUUCCCGUCGCUGGGGAAGUCAGGCGCGGGUUUGUGGACCGGGGGGGUGUUUCUUUGA